AUGUCCAAGUCCGAUGGUGAUACUGCACUCAAGAAUUGGGUUUGGAUACCCAAUGAAAAAGAUUUAUUCACUAAAGGGUAUAUAACAGACUAUCUUGAGCAUGGCAAAUGCAAGGUGUCCAUUACAUCACUAGAUAAUGUCAAUCAUGUUGAAUCGACCAUUGAAAUUGAACAAUCGAGAUUGGAAAACUGUAAUCCAGCCAAAUUCAAUAAAUGUGAAGAUAUGGCCGAAUUGACCCAUUUAAAUGAACCAUCGGUUGUUUACAACUUGUAUUUGCGGUAUAUGGAUGACUUGAUUUAUACGUAUUCAGGUUUAUUCUUGGUGGCUAUCAACCCCUACAAACUGUUGCCAAUUUAUGACGAGUCAAUGGUACGAAAAUUUCGUAAUCAGCCAACAGAUAAAGAAUCACCGCAUAUAUUUGCUAUAGCCGAAGCAACUUAUCGUAACUUGCUAAGCAACAAGAGAGAUCAAAGUAUCUUGGUCACGGGUGAAUCAGGGGCAGGUAAAACGGAGAAUACGAAAAAAAUCAUCCAAUAUCUUUCCUCUAUUACUACCGCAUCACUGAGAGAUGACAACACAUCCAAGACCGAUAAUAUUGAUGACAAGAUUUUACAAGCAAAUCCAAUUUUAGAAAGUUUUGGUAACGCAAAGACAAUAAAGAACAAUAACUCAUCAAGGUUUGGGAAAUUUAUCCAGAUUUAUUUUGACUCUGCUGGGGAUCUAGCUGGUGCUAAUAUUGACUAUUAUUUAUUGGAAAAGUCAAGAGUGGUUCACCAAGCUGAUGAAGAGAGGAAUUAUCAUAUAUUUUAUCAUUUCAUUAAAGGAUAUGAAAAUUUGUCAAGUCUUGGGUUGAACAAAGAUGUAUCAACUUAUGAGUAUUUGAAUGGUGGAGUAACAAGUAUACCCAAGGUUGAUGAUUUCAAAGAGUUCAAUUUGUUAGUUGAGGCAUUCAAAAUAGUUGGAUUCUCAUCACAAGAAAUGCAAUUUAUUUUCCAAAUGUUGGCCAUUAUUCUACACUUGGGUAAUUUGAAAUUUACGUCCUCGAAAGCUGAGCAAGCAAGCUUCACAAAGGACUCGCCAAUUGACAAGAUUGCUGAACUUUUGGCAGUUGAUGUUUCCAAAUUAAAAGAAAGCUUUCUCAAGCCAAAAGUCAAAGCAGGUAGAGAGUAUGUCACUAAAUCAAAAAGGGCGGUUGAAGUUAAAUUUGCAAUCGAUGCAUUAGCCAAGUACUUGUAUGAAAAAUUGUUUCAAUUCAUCAUCAAAAAGAUCAAUUUGAAUUUAAACAAUGACGAGGUCAGUCUGGGAGAUCUAUGCAUUGGUGUGCUUGAUAUUGCAGGAUUUGAAAUCUUUGAUAUCAAUUCAUUUGAGCAAUUGUGUAUCAACUACACCAAUGAAAAACUUCAACAAUUUUUCAACCAUCAUUCCUUUAUAUUAGAACAAAGCGAAUAUUUACGAGAGAAUAUUCAGUGGGAAUUUAUCGACUUUGGUAAAGAUCUACAACCAACUAUUGAUUUAAUUGAGACAAGAAACCCAAUGGGGGUUUUGAAAUUACUUGAUGAAGAAUGUAUGAUGCCAAAAUCUUCAGACAGGAUGUUUAUGGAGAAACUAAGCUCCAAUUUCGCAGGUAAAAAUAAAAAGUUUGCUGAGAAUAAGUUCAAAAAUGGGUUCAUUAUUCAACAUUACGCCGGCAAGGUUGAAUAUAAUGUCGACAAUUGGCUACAGAAGAACAAGGAUCCCGUGAGUGAUAGUAUCUUACAAUUGCUUCUUGCCGAGUCCAAGAGUGCUUCACUUAGAGAGUUAAUUGGUGACAAUAUAAACCAAUCGCAACAACAGAUGCUGCCGCUGAAGACUCAAAAUGGCUCAAAGAUGAUGCAGACUGUGUCACAGAAACAUAAAGAACAAUUAAAAGAUUUGAUGGAUCGUUUGGAAACAACCGAGCCACAUUUUGUCAGAUGUAUAUUGCCCAAUUUGAAUAAAAAGGCGAGAAAGUUUGAUAAGGAUCUCGUACUUGGACAGUUGAGAUGUAAUGGUGUUUUGGAAGGUAUCAGAAUCACUCGUGCUGGGUACCCAAAUAAAUUAACGUUUGAAGAAUUUAUCCAUCGGUAUUCAAUAAUCAGCGACAAUGUUCAAUUGAGAAAGAAUGCAAAAACAAAUUGUGAACUUAUAUUAAAAGAUUCUGGAUUGGAUCCCGACACAUUCAAAAUUGGCCUUACUAAAAUCUUUUUCAAAAAUGGUAUAUUAGCAAAGUUGGAGACAAUGAGGGAUAUGACUCUAAAAGCUAUCUUAACAGAAUUGCAAAGACGCAUUAGAGGCAAUUUGACCAGGACCAAUAUUCGUCAACAAAUUAAAGAGCUACAAUCGUCGCAAAUCAUAGCCAAAACUAUGAAUCAGAUUUAUGAGGCAAAAUCUAAGAACCCAUGGAUGGCAUUGUUCUAUCAAAUCAAACCCUUACUUGAAGAUUCUGUAAAGGUAAUGGACAUGACUGAAGUGCAAAAUAAUUUGAAGGAUGUAACUGUCAAGUUGAAAGACUCGGAGAAAUUGAACAAAGGGUUGGAAAAUGAUAAUGUCAAGUUACGUGACUCGUUGAAAACCUUGGAGGAUGAAAUUAUUGCCAACAAUGAUAUCAUUAAGCUGAAGGAUACGCAAUUACAAAAGCUGCGCACAGAAAGUAAAAGCUCGAUGAAGAAGAUUGAAGAGUUGGAGACCAGUAUCAGAGAAUUAAAAGAAACCAAUCGUGUUUUAUCUGAUGAUCUGAAGAAAUUGAGCAAUAGAUUGAAAGAGUUGCAUGGUGAUUACGAGAUAAGGUCAAAAGAGUUGGCUCUGAGAAAAUCGGAACAUAAUUCUGCACAAGGCGAGUUGACAAAGUUGAAAGUUCAACUUGAAAAAGUUGAAUUGGAAAAGUCUAAACAUGCGUCCAUGCUUGAUGAGUUGGAAAGUAAACAUGAAAAGCAGACAACUAUUUGGGAAAGUAAAAUCAAGGAGUUGCAAAGUGAGGUUGAAAGAUUACAACUGGAAGCUUCAUCUCAUGAAUUAAAAGUGCGAGAGUUGACGGAAAGAGCAUCUGGCCACGAGGAACUUAAAUCCGCGGGUGAUAAGUAUCAACAAGAAAUUGAGGAAUUGAAAUCAUCUAUUCUGAAACUAGAAACAAGAUGUGCCUCACAGAAAGAAGAGAUUGAAUCUUUGAAAGCACGAUUGAGCAAAGAUGAGCUGAAAAAGUCAAGAUACGAGGAGAAGAUAGAAGAGGCGAAGGAGAAAGUACUGGCAUUGAAAUUGCGUGUUGAAAAGAAAUCGAAUGAGAUAGAGCAAUACCAGAAAGAGGUGAGCGCAUUAAAGUUGCAACUAUCAGCAGCACAACGUGAUUUGGAGUCCCUGAAGCAAGCUGAACUUACUUUGUCUCAAAUAAAAUCCAAUGAGGAACGAAACUUGAAAGAGAUUGAGUUGAUUCAAUCGAAAUUGUCAAAAUCCGCCUCUGACCACAAGCAAUUAAGUAACGACUACGAGAAACUCAAAUUUGAACUACAGCAAGCCCAAAAGGUAAGAGAUGAGUAUAGUUCAAUGAUUGCUGAGUUGAAUACCAAGUUGCAAAGACUUGAGCAGGACUAUAAAUCAAUUGAGCUGGAGAAAGAGAACCAACCACCAAGCCGUCAAAUGAUGGAAGAAUUCACUCAUAUCAAAUUGAAAUUGAAUGAGCAAAACGCAGCAUUGAGAAAAGAAAAAUUCGAGAAUAAGAAGUUGACGGAGGAGUUGGGCUUGAUUAAAGAGAGAAUCAUGAAUGGCUCGUUGAUGAGUAGUGACUUAACACCAAAGAGAAGGUCACUAGCUAUUGGCGAGAGAGUCAAUGGUAGUGUUGAUGCACUAAACAAAGAGAUUAAUGAUUUGAAAUGCAGAUUACAACAAGAGCAGAGCAAUUAUCAACGUGCAGAGAAUUAUGCCAUUGAAUUACAAAAGAAGUUGAACAAGGUGCAAUCGAGCCGCGGUUUGAACAGCUCAACUGAUUAUGAAAAGAAAUUUAAAGAAUCACAAGGACGUGUGGCUCACCUCGAACGUCAAAUUGAGGGCUUUAUUUCUAAUGAAUCAACUAGUAACGAAAGUUCUCCCAGCAAUGGUAGGACUGUAUCAAGAAGUGAAAGUUUGGGUGGUCAACUCGCAUUCAGAGGUGUUAAUCCUGAUUUUAUCCAAAUUUAUCAGGACAUCAACAAGACUUUAAAAUCCACUCGGGAAGAAUUGGGUACUUCAAAGUCAGAAAUUCUACGGUUGAAAGCUUUGCUUCGAGAAUCCGAAGAAGAAUUGUAUCAAGUGAAACAAGAAAAAUUCAAGAGCUCAAUGAAGGAUUUUGAGGAGGAAAUUGCUCACUUGAAAGUGAAAUAUGACAAUGUUUCUAUCCGAAACCAGGACUUAAUACAGGGUUUGGAGUUGUAUAAGAAACGUUCAGAUGAGUACUUUAAGAAAUUGGAAUUGGCUGAAUCUGCAGUUACUAUAUCCAAGCGUCAAGAAGAACUGGCAAAAAAAGAAGUUGACGACUUGAGGAGCCAAUUGAGAUUAGCCAAGGAGGAGGCGAGAACAUCCCAAAUCAUACUAAAGGAUUGUAAUUUGAAAAUUGACAACCUAGAACUGACAAUUCAAGGAAAUACUCGUGUGAUGGAUGAAAAUAAGAAGCAAAUUAAGCAAUUGGAGGAUAAAUUGUCCUACCAUGUCAAGAAUUAUGAAAAUAGAGAGGCUACGGAAAAGUUACGAGAAGAAUUGAGAAACUUGCACAAGGACUUGAAUUUCAAGACGCAAACAGAAACAACCUUGGUCAAAGAGAACAAACAGUUACAAUUGGAUCUCGAAGAGGCAAUUUUGACCAAAAAGAAUACCGAGAAGGAGAUGGAGGAUAUGCUGUUGAGAGAGGAGGAGCUUGAGUCUAAAAUUGUUAGCUUGACUGAUACUCUGAGACAGCUUGAAAACGACAAGAUUUUGAAUGAAAGGAAGAUCGUCUCAUUUUCCAAACAAAUCACUGGAUUGAAGGAAUUGGUUAAUGAAGUCACUCAAGAGAAGGAAAAAUUGAUUGAAGAAAAAGAGCAAUUGCAAGAUGAGUUGUUUAAAGUCAAUCUCAAUUUAGAAAACCAAAAUGUUGCUCUUGAUCAAAGUAAGUCUGAAGUUGCAUUCCUUAAAAAUCAUUUGGAGAAUCAGCGUCAGGAUGCUGAGGCAGUGAGGUCGGAAUUGAAUCAAUCGAAAAUGUCAUCAACGUCAGAUUAUCGAGAUCAACAAAAGAUUAGAAAUGACUUAUUAGUUGCCAAUGAAGAAAAUUACUCCUUGAAGAAAGCCAAUGAUGAAUUGAAUGUCAAAGUACACCAAUUGGAGGAGAAGUUGUACAGUAAUGACCAGAUCAAAUAUUUGGAAUCCCGAGCUGAUUCAUUACAAACAGCAUUAGAUAAUUCCUUGCAAGAGAAGCAUGAUUCAGACAAGACAAUUAAAUCUUUAGAAAGGAAAAUCAAACAAUUGGAAACUAGAGUUGAACAAGAAUCACAAUUGAGUAAACGUUAUAAUGAUGAAAAUUUCAAUUAUCAAAAUAAAAUUAAUCAUUAUAAAGUUGCUGUUGAUUCAUUGGAUCAAGAAAAUACCGAAAAAGGUUUACAAUUGAAGACAAUUGAAGAACAAAACAAUCAAUUAAGAGAGUCCAUGUUGAUGUUACAAAAAGAAAAUUUGGAAUUGAGAGAAAGAUUGAACUUGUCUUGA